AUGUCAGCCAGGAAGGGUUCUCUGCUCUCUUCGCCAAAUUAUUCCAAGGAAAUGGCAUGUUCGGAGACCCCAGCUGCAAACGCCUUUUUGGUGGACUCUUUGAUCAGCUCAGCCUCAGGCAGAGGGGAAGGAGGGGGAGGCGGUGGCGGCGGCGGAGUUGCAGUAGGAGGAGGAGGAGGAGGAAGAGGCGGCGGCGGCAGCAGCUACUACCCGAACAACGGCGGUGUCUACCUGCCACAGGCGCCCGAUUUGCCGUACGGGUUGCAAAGCUACGGGCUAUUCCCGGUCCUGAGCAAAUGCAGCGAGGAUCUGCCUCCCCCGCCGCCGCCGCCAAGCAUGGUUCCCACUCCGCACACUUACAUGUCAGGGAUGGAGGUCUGGCUAGAUCCCCCGAGAUCCUGCAGCCUUGAAGAGCCCACAAGCCCACAGGCGACCUCCUGCUCCUUCGCUCCCAGCAUUAAAGAGGAGAGCUCCUACUGCCUCUACGACUCGGACAAGGCCCGCAAAGAGGCACCGGCCACCGACCUGUCGCCUUUCCCGAGGCUAAGCGCAGAGAUCUGCGCCGUGAAUAACGUGGCGGCGGGGGUGCCUGUCCCGGGCUACUUCCGCUUGUCUCAAGCCUAUGGCACCGUCAAGAGCGGCAGCUGUUAUAGCAGCUCCCACCAACACCACCAACAGCAGGAGCCGCCGCCGCCGCCGCCGCCGCCGCUGCUACACCCAGGGCAAAUGGUGGCCGCUUCCCAGUUUGCCCCGCAGCCCCAAGUGAGCUUCGAGUCUUCUCCGCCGUUUCCUCUGGCCGCCUCGUUGCCCGAGCAAGGCAAGAAAGACAGCGAGGAUUCUUCCCCACCCAGCACUUUGGCCGGGGAUUCGCAGAGAGGAGAGGAAGAAGGGCAGGCUUCUUCUUCUGCCGCAGAAGAGCUGUCGCCGGCCCCCUCGGAGAGCAGUAAGCCUCUCUCCGAGAAAGAAACCCUAGGCGGCCAGAAGGGAGAGAAUGCAGCCACCUGGCUCACUGCGAAAAGUGGUAGAAAGAAGCGGUGCCCUUACACCAAGCACCAAACACUGGAGCUGGAGAAAGAGUUUUUGUUCAAUAUGUACCUGACUCGUGAGCGUCGCCUAGAAAUCAGCCGUAGUGUCCACCUCACGGAUAGACAAGUUAAAAUCUGGUUUCAGAACCGCAGAAUGAAGCUGAAGAAAAUGAACAGAGAGAAUCGGAUUCGGGAGCUCACAGCCAACUUCAGCUUCUCCUGA